AUGUCAUCCACACAAAAGAGAAUUGCAUUACCAGCAAGAGUAGAACCAAAAGUUUUCUUUGCCAAUGAAAGAACAUUUCUUUCUUGGUUAAAUUUCACAGUUAUAUUAGGUUCAUUGGGAGUUGGUUUAUUAAAUUUUGGUGAUUAUAUUGGUAGAAUAUCUGCUGGAUUAUUUACUUUUAUUGCUAUGUUAACUAUGAUAUAUGCUUUAAUUACUUAUCAUUGGAGAGCUAAGGCUAUUAGAAUGAGAGGAUCUGGUCCUUAUGAUGAUAGAUUUGGUCCUACUAUGUUAUGUUUCUUCUUAUUGGUUGCUGUUAUUAUUAACUUUAUCUUAAGAAUAAGGGCUUAA